UGGUUAAAUUUAACAAAGUGUGCUAAACUAUAAAUGUUCAAAUGUCAUUUGAGGCAAAAUCGCAAUCACAUCAGUUAACAAAGCAUAUGAACGUGGAUGUUGAUUCCAAAUUGACUACAAAAUUUAGAACAAAUUUAAAUUCAGAAGUAGACUUUAUAGUACCAAAUCCGCCGCAAACAAAUGUGGCAGAAAUUCUAAAUCCGCAGUCGUACCGGCUCGGAAGCAAUGCACACCCAAAUCCAUCGGAUCAAUACAGUAGCUCUAUGCGAAUACAUAUAGUGCCACAUUUUGGAGUAUCCAUUGAAGCUGAGUCAUCUGAGCUGGCGGAGCCAAUCAAUAAAAUGAACCAUAUAUCUGAGGGAGCACUGCACAAUAAUAAUGACAAAAAAAUUAACAGGGUCUAUGAUGCAAAUAAUAAAAUAUAUUCAAAUCUGAAAAACACAUCAAUCGAAACAGCUUCCGCCACGUCCUCAACAACAGAGAUAUCGAAUUCAAGUAUAACUGAUAUUAAUGAAAUUAUGAAAAAAAGCUACUUGGACACUUUUCGAAACACAUAUGGCGAAUAUGGUUCAUUAACUUCCAACACUGUUAAAAAACCAAGCCUCAACCUUCUGCAACAUCUUUUUUGUGCUCCAACAAGCACGUUGGAUUCUGGAAUGUCGCCUACAUCGGCUGUAGCGGAAGUUCUUUUAAGACAGCCGAACGUCGUUACCCAAAAUAUGCAAAAAGUGGAUGAGACAGGGAGCAAUCAAGAGCUCGAGCAAGAGUUCAAUCGCAAUCGAGAACUCUUAUCCUACGUAUACAAUAAUAACCUGCUGACUCACCAGAAAUUCUCCCAAAAUCCAUUUUUAACUCGACAUUUUGCUGAAUUUGUACAGCCUAAAUUAACGGAACGGGAAACAGAAUCAGAGAGAGUCUCCGAACGCACUACGCAUAUGAUUGAUUUUUCGGUAUCAAAGAAAUUAAGUAUUCGACAAGAGGAUCUGCCACCAACCCCAUCUUCGCAGGAUAAUAACAACAACAAUGAGAUGCUGAAUGACGUAGAAAACGGAUUAAGAUUUGGAGAAGAACUCUUAUUAGAUUUUCCCCAGUUUCAACAAAGUCACAGCAAUCUGGGACAGCAAAUUGAAGAACUAGAAGAUACUUUCAAAUCAAAUAACACAGAACAUUACUCGAAGCGUGGUGAAAACACAAAGGAUCACCUGAAAUCCACCUGUUAUUUAUUUCGGGAGCAUAAAAUCCUGCUUGCCGAUGUGAAAAGAAGCUUAGAACAACUCACCUUACUUUCUGGUCAAUUUCGGGAUAACGUCAGUGUACGUCACCGCCAAAAUGCGACUAAAUCUACCGAUUCGUCCCUAGAAGCCACUGUACGACGCCAAUUAAAUGGAAACUGCAAGACAAUUGAAGACAUUUUGGAUCAAAUAAAGCGACUUCAUCAUCAAUGGAACAGUGCAGAACUCUAUUACCUGCGCAGCUUGCAACGUUUGGGACUCAGUUCAGAGGAUGGUAAUGGUUUUAGUCCUACGCCAACACAUACUAUAAUGGCUUUGGCUGCGAUUGCGUUGUCCGUAGAAAGUGAGCUUAAACUUAAAAAAAACGAUGCUCAAAUUGACUUAAGCGACUUAAAGCAUCAAGUGAACACAAGUGAGUCUGAAUUUUUAUUAACUAAAGAAAAACCCAGAACGCUGCAUGAAAUAGAGAACAUAAUCCUACAAAAGGCCUCAACCGUUCUUGAACAUCAGGGGAGUCUGUCCAGUAGCACACUCAAUGGUUGCAGUGAUAGUGAUAAUAGCGAAGGCGAAAAAUCAAUACCAUCGCCCACGUGCAUAUGGCAUCCGAAAAAUCGAGACACUCGAUUUAAGGAAGAAGUCGAAAAUUGUAGCACUGCGGCUGAAAUUAUUUUGGAGUACGCGUCUAAAACAAAUGCUCUACAAAUCCCUGAUAAUUUCACUACUGCUGGCGCCAAAGCUCGGGCAAAUAUUUUAGAUUCUGUUGACAGCUACCGUGCAUUGAAUAUGAGUCCACUUAAAAAUAGCAGCGACGGUUUAGCUGUUCCAAAUGUCAACGAAUCUGGCUAUUUUGCCGACAUCCAGUUUCCUGCAGCACCUUCUACUCCACCGACAAGCAGUAAUAGUAGCUGCUCGACUGGAAAUAUUCCUGUUUCAUGUCCGUUGAAUAACAGUCGAAGAAAAUCUCGAUACGCACGCCGCAUCGAAACUCCGCCAACGUCUUCUCCUAAAACAACUUUAUUAAAAGGCAGGUGCAAUAAGGAAUAUUCUCGCAGUCACCAAACGGGAACUAUUUAUAACGUCAUAGAUAGAACCUUACCCACACCACCAUCAAUUACAACCGCAAUAACAGGAGCGACAUCUACACCAUCUCCUCCAAUUGUUCAAGGUGCAUCUUCGGCUAUUGCCGCCGUAACCGCUCUGCAGGAACGUGCCCUAACUAGUAUGUUCAAAGCACGACUGAGCGCUUUGACAGCAGCUGCAGUUAUCGACAACGGAGGUGGAUGCACUACCAGCGACAAGUGCGAAGGUGAACCCGUACCAGAUGCUCCGUAUGAUCUUAGCAUUGGAACCAAGCUUAAAAACAUAAACUUGGAUUCAAAAAACUCAUCGAAUACGCAAUCUAUUGACUGUAAAGAUAGCUCAAAUGAUAAAAAGAAACCACAUAUCAAGAAACCGUUGAAUGCGUUCAUGCUUUACAUGAAGGAGAUGCGAGCCAAAGUAGUCGCCGAAUGUACGCUGAAAGAAUCAGCUGCAAUCAAUCAAAUUUUAGGGCGACGGUGGCACGAACUUUCCCGUGAAGAACAAAGCAAAUAUUACGAAAAGGCUCGGCAAGAGCGUCAAUUACAUAUGGAAUUGUAUCCGGGGUGGAGCGCACGAGAUAACUACGGUUACGUGUCAAAAAAGAAAAAGCGUAAAAAAGACAGAUCGACAACGGAUUCGGGAGGUAAUAACAUGAAAAAGUGCCGAGCUCGAUUUGGACUGGACCAGCAAAAUCAAUGGUGCAAGCCGUGCAGACGCAAAAAAAAAUGCAUUCGCUACAUGGAGGCUAUGAACGGAACCGGCGCGAUUGAAGAUGGAAGCGGCAUUGGAAGCCAGCUUAGUGAUGACGAUGACGAUGAUGAUGAUGAUGAUCAAUUAGGUGAUAGCUGUGGCAGCGGUGAUGAAAGUAAUAAAAUUCCGGAUGAUGAUACAGAGUCUCUGAAUCAGUCAAUAUCCAGCCCAGGCUGUCUAAGUGGUUUGUCUAGCUUGCAAAGCCCGUCUACAACAACAAGCUUGGCGAGCCCACUUAAUAUGAAUAUUAAUCCAGCAACACCGUCUCUAUUAGCUGUCAGCUCUAAUGUGCUUAUGGUUGUCCACUCAGAACAAGGAGCCAGUCAAGCAAGAUCGGAAUCUAUUUCUGCAUCAGGAUCGAGUAGUGGGUCAACAUGUAGUAUAAGCACUACGCCGAAUACCUCAAAUACUGUCUCGCCUGUAACAGGUACGACGGGUCCAUCUUCAAUUUCAGCUCAUGAGCGCGCUAUGAUGCUUGGAAAUCGUUUCAGUCACCUAGGAAUGGGCCUGAGUCAUCCAAUAGGUAGUUCCGUUAGCAGCAAACCUGAUGCGUUAUUUCAGCCACAUCCUACAGUCAGUAAAAAUAAGAGUUCAGCAAAUGGCUUUAAUGGUUUUAGCGUUUCCGUUGUACCGUCUAAGGCGCCGGCGCCAGCAAACAUAACCCGAAACCCCAUUGGUGCUAAUCCACGCGAUAUAAAUAAUCCGCUGAGCAUCAAUCAGUUAACUAAGCGGCGUGAAGAUCAAAAUGUUUGCUCCAUUGAACCCUCUGAUUCUCCGGCAAUUACCGCUUUGGCCCCUACGUCCAUUGUUCACCAUGCAACUCCACAGGGCUAUCACCCCCACCACUCGCUUUUUAAUAGCAGUUUCAGCCAACAUUUCCACCAACAGUUGACCCACCAUUUAGCGGCAGCCAACAAUAGCGAGUCAACACUAUUGUCCGGAGAUACCCAUUCCGUAAACAACGGAAAGCAUCAUACUCCUUCAGAUCCGCCAACAAACGCAAACAAUCCCACGUCAAGUGCUGGCGCUUCCGAAACUGGAGCCAUUAGCGUAUCAUAGCAAACUGCUAGUCUAUUAAAAUAUUUAUCGCCGGCUUUCUCUCAAUUCUCUCAAUAUUCAGUGUUGUGUGAGAAGCAGCUUAAAUUAAUGUACGUGCAAUACCUAUUAUUAUCGCCAUGCCAUUCGCCAUCUUUAGAAACAUGUGGCCAUAAAUAGACAAGUGCCAAAAUUUAAAUAAUUCAUAUAUACAUAUGUACAUAAAAAUAUGUAUAUUUGAAUAUUUGUAAUAAUUGAAACUACAAUCUGCUAUCAUUGAUAUAUUGUCAUUUUCUAUUAAUAAUAGAAGAGGACAAACAGAAAUAUUUCUCUAAAGACAACACAAAUGGAUCAAAACUCAUGCUAGGGGACGCCAAAUAGAUUAAGUGAACGUGCUUAUGUACGUAAGGAUGUAUAUUUAUACAUAUGUAUGUACAUACUUACUUAUCUUACGCUACUUACUUAUGUUACAUCUACCAUCCGCAGAAAGUUGAAUUCAACUAAUAUAUACAUACGUAUAAAUAAAUAUGUAAAUAUUUAUACGGGCAUGUACAUUUAAAAUAUAAUAUACAACGUUCUAAAUUUUUUUGGCGAGGAUUUUUUUUAGUAUUGACGUGUAAUUAAUUUCAAUGUUUUGAGUGUUGUCAAACUCCACAUUUGUUUUAACAUAUUACUUUUUAACUACAACAGCUUAUAUUUAAAAAUAAUUUUUGUUAAAUAACUUUUUGUGACUCAAUGAAAGGCACGACAAGUGAGUAAUUUUGUUUCAAUAUAUACACCUAUGUGUGUGUGUACAUAAACGUUUAUGCAAAUAUCGUCCCUAUAUAUUUAUUAUGUUAACCACAUAAAUUUUACUAACAUUAAAAAUUUAUUAGCUGAAUAAAAAAACAUAUUGAUUUGAUGAAAUUUUAAUGUAGUAUCCCGGAGUUUUUGGUUUAUGUACAUAAGAUAAAUACCUAUGGAGAAAUGCACUUUAAAAUGUUAAAUUAAAAUUGGAGUUUGACAACAACAAUUGGUAGUAUAUGAGUUUAUGUAAAAAACAUAAAACAUACACUCAGUAUAUACAUAUACCGGGUUUUUUUUAUUGGUAAAUACCACAUUUCUUUAUUUAUAUGUAUUUAUCUCAAAUUUGUAGAAGAUGAAAAAACAGAACAAGUUUGUACAUAUCUAAAUUGCUUACAUAAAAAUACUGACAAUGUUUACGAAUUUAUUGACCAUAAGACCUGAUAGCUACUAUUCCAUAAAGAGUAAAUGCCGGCGAAAUAAAUACCAUUUACCUGUAUAUAUAUAUACAUGUAUUUAAAAAUGCAUAUUGGCAAGUUAUUAAACAUACAUACGAGUAUAUAUAUACUAGUCUUCAUUCAGUUCAAACUCUUAUCUUCCGAUUACAUGCAUAUGUAUGUAUGUACGUACAUAAUUUGUAUUAUGAAGUACGUAAAAACGGGCUCGUAAUUUAUACAUCCAAGUGCAUACAUUUACAUACAUAGAUAUAUUAGUAAUAGUGCUUAGCACAUGAAUGACCGACAUACAUAAAUAUAUACCUUAUGUGAUUAAUAAAUUAAUAUUUUAUACAAUGUGCCAAUAAUAAUCGUUUCUCACAGUACGCAAUUAGGUAUUAGGUUGGAUCAGUUCAGCAUUUGUGUCGAUAACUUAAUGAGAUUUGCUGUAAAAGUUACGAGCCCUGAUAAAUACAAACCUACAUAUGUAUGUAUAAAUAUUUGUAUGUACUUAAUAGUCAAAUAUCGAUGUAGAGAAGCCUAUUAUAUCAAUUCAAUUAUUAGUAUUUUCAAAUUUUGUUUAUGUUCCCAUACAUACAUACACUUGUGUAGCUAUAAGAUAUUUGUUGUCCCAAUCGACAGUGUUGCAAAUGGAUAUUAACAAACACACAAACAUACCUACAUAUGUAUGAUAUUCAUACUAGAGCCUUGCAUAAAUCCAAAGUAGACAUAAAUCCAUCGAACUCCACCAUUGACUGGUAUGAACCAAACAAUUUAUCAAAAAAGCCAUUGGGCUAUGUUAAUUGACUCUUAAUGUACGGAAACUAGAGUUUUUGAAGAAUUCAAUUAAUUUCUUUAUAAACGAAAAUGUUUUCCACAUAAAGUCUUGCUUUUCGACCGUUAUUUUCUAUUUUUGCUAUAUUAUAUAAUUAUCCGCUUUGAGAAAUGCUGGGCAAGAUGACAAAAAGGUUCAACUGAGGAACUACUUACCAAACAAAUAUUAUUUAUGUAUUAUAACAUUUAAACGUUUUCUUGAAAAUUUGUACUGUUUAAAAUAAUGGUUUAAGAGUUGUUCAACUAAAGUUUUAUACUAAGAUCAUAUUUUCCUCACAUAUAACUAUUAGUUGUUGUUUUUGUUCGGCCACUGUAUGUAUAAAAUUAUCCUCAACAUAUCAUUUGGAGGACAGCAAAUUUUAUGAGUAUAAAUACAUACAGAGCUGUGAUAAAUAAAACUGAAGAUUUAAGCAUGUGUGGCUCUAAAAUACUAAUUGAUACAUAUGUAUGUAUGUGUGUGGGCAAAUUUAAAAUAUUAAAAAAGGCAAUACAAAUCCAAAUAUUCAUGCCGAAAUUGAUGAAAGUAUAGCUUCUGUAUAAGCAUAGUGUGAAGGUGCAUUUAAAUACAGAAAGUGCCCAUUAUAUUACUGUAUAUGUACAUAUAUGUGUGCAUAUAUAUAUAUUCAUAUAAAUAUAUAUUUGAUAAGGUAUUAUUUAUCUAAUCGAAACAAUGUGUAUAGCCAUUGCCAAUUAAAAAAGACUGUUUAACACAUAUUAUAUAUGUUUGACUAUGCAUACAUUCUUUUGUAUGCGAGUAAGAGGGAAAUGGGAAAAAUCGAUUUGAAACGAACUAUGUUAGUCCUUAAUUUAUAUAUGAUAAAAUGUAAAAUAAGUUAUAUUAAAUAAACAGAGGAGCCAGUUUCUAUAUUUGCGAGUAUAGUUGCAAUCGUGUAUAUUACAUACAUUUGUAAUGGCAUACUUUUUUGAAUGAUGCAGAUAAACUGAUAUUUAGUUAAUUUUAAAAGUAAUUCUAAUCAAAAUUGAUUCUAUCCAAUGCUUCCAAUAUUCUGUGUUUUACUUUGAGUUGCUUUUUGUACAACUGUAACCACAUUGAAACAAUAUUGCAAUAUUUAAAGUUUAAUUAUUUAAUAUAAUUUUAAAAUAUCGUUACUAUGUAUAUUUCUGUUAGUUUAAAUUUACGCGUUAAAUAUCGUUUUUAUUCGAGUCAGUACUGUUAAGAAUAUAGUGAUAAAUUACCAUAUCUAGUUCUACAACCACUCUUUCUUUUUUAUACAAAUGUAAAACCAGGAAGAAACAAUCACAAAUGUGUGGAUCAUGUGCAUUCAAUUUUGACUUAACAAAUAUUUACAAAAUUAGAACCGACAACUUAUUGAAAUUUAAUUCUGAUUUGUAUGCAAAACAAUAGACAUUUUACUAUUUUAUUGUAUAUUUGGUAUAUGUGUAUGUGUGUAUAACACUACGAGUUAUAUUUUAUUAAAUUUUUUAAAGCUUUUAUUAGUGUGUUGGCAUAGUCUCUGUACAUUUCACUUCUUUUAAAAUAAUUUGAGAGCAUUUUAUUUUAAAAUUAACUUCUUUAAACUGAAAAUAUAAUUUAAAAAAUAGCGUGGACAUAUGUUAAUCUCAGCCUAGGUUUGAUGUUUCCUCAUAUUUUUAUUCGAUUAUUGGUUAUCAUAUAUCAUUUCUGGGGUCUAGAUAGUGGUACGGGCUAACAAUGUAUACAUAAAAAAAUGUUAUAAAUAUUCCUAAGUUAA